GGUUUGGGUACAACAGAAAUAACACUAAUUGAUAUUCUGUGCUCCCGAAAUGAUGAUGAAUUAAAUGCAAUUAAAAAUGAAUACAAAGAUGAGUAUGGUAAAACAUUGGAAAGUGAUAUUGUUGAUGAUACAAGCGGUGAUUUCAAAGAAUUACUUCUUGCGCUGCUUAAUAAUCGUCGUGAUCAGUCAUACAAUGUUAAUUACUUAAAAGCACGAGAAGUAGCAAAACGAAUGUUCGGUAACAAAGAAAAGAAGGAGAAACCGGAUAAAGAAACUUUCAAAACGGUUUUAAGCCAGGAAAAUUUUCGACAAAUUCAAAAAGUUUUCAGUGAAUAUCAAAGUAUGACCGGUGAACCAUUAAUAGCAGCUGUCGAGAGAGUAUUCAGUGGUGAUGCAAAAACUGCUUAUUUGGCUUUAAUUGAUAGUAUUCAGAAUAAGCCACGCUUCUUUGCUAAGCAAUUAUACGAUGCUAUGAAGGGUCUUGGUACAGCUGAUCAUCAUUUAAUUCGAAUAAUCGUUUCACGAUCCGAAAUUGAUUUAGCGCUAAUUCGAGAAGAAUUUGAGCGAAUGUAUAAAAAGCCAUUAACUGACUGGAUUAAAUCGGAAUGUUCAGGAGCAUAUCGUGAUGCAUUAAUUGUUAUUGUCAAAGGGAAUUGA